AUGGAACAUAUACAAUUUGAUUCAAGUGAAAAAUUUCAAUGUGAUAAUGCAUUAAUAUACCUGAUUAAACCAUCUAUAAAUAGUGAGAGUGGUAAAUCUGAUAUUGAUUUCGGUACUAAAUUAUGGAAGGGGUCAAUUAGAUUAAUUGAACAAGAAGAAAUAAAUAAUGACCACAAUGAAGACCAUAAAAAGCUAGAGUCUCGUAGAUAUUUAAUCAGUCCGUACACGAAACUAAGACUCAAAUUAGAAUUGUAUAAUGAUGACAAUUUAUGGGGUGAAACAUGGUAUAAUCCAAUUGAUUUGAAUAAACGUGAUUUAAAUUUAAAUAAUGCAAAUAUCUCCAUACAGAAACUAAAGCCCAUAAGUAAGGAUAAAGAAGAAACAAUUGCUAAAAUAGAUGAUGGUUUAUACAAAAUAAUUGCUCAAUUACCUGAUACAGGCUAUCAACCAAUAAUUGAUGGAGAAAACAAUACUUCAAACGCUGAUCAAAUUGCUUUAUGUUUAAAGAUAACUAAUCUGAAACAGAAUUCGAAAUUUGAAAAGGCUUUAGAAUCUUAUAAUAAAAAGUAUAAAGAAGAACAGCAUCUGUAUUAUUAUAAUCAAUUGAUUUAUAUAGUCAAUCAAUUAAAUUUUAAUCUAGACGAGACAUUAAAAGACAAUGAAGAAGAUGAAUUUGGUGACUUUGUAUCCAAUUGA